AAACCCGAGAUGAAAGGCGGGGAGGGAAGAAACUCCACAAAGGGGGCACACACACAGGGGUGUGUGUCUGUGUGUGUAUUUAUGUGAUGUUAGCCUGACAGGGAGAAUAAGACGAGCAAGAAGAGGGUUGUGUGUGUUUGGUAAAAGUGGAACUUGCAAACUUGAGGAGGGAGGUACCAAAACGUUCAGCGGACGGCACACAUGUGCAACAGAAUCUGCUUUCAGGAAUGCGUCAUUAAGAUGAACACAGUCCUGCUGGAGAGGAUGCAUAUUUGUGUGUGAGUUUGAGUCUGAACAGAAGUCAUCUUGACAUGCUAGAGAUUCAAUAACUCCUUAACAGAGUUCUGAAGAGGGGAAUGGGAGAUGGGGUAAAAACAGCAAAAAGUAAGCAAAAAGAUGGACUAAAGGGAGCCAGACAGACCAGAUGGGCAUGUGCAGAGAGAAAGUGAACGUGGGAUUGCUGCUGCGUUUGGCUGUUCUGCUUACAGCACUUUGUUGGUGCAUUCACGUUGUUUACCUGGAAACCAGCUGGCAGAGCUCCCCACCACCCUCAGCUUUGGGACAUCCCACCCAGCAUGACCUGAACCAGGACCAACAACCCAGGAUGAAACAUGGCCCAGUGGACAAUCAGGAGAAAGAUUUUGAAAGCAGAACAUCUUAUCUUCACGCACUCAUCAAGGACGGUCAGGUCAGGAAGCAAAACGUGGACAAAGAACAGCUGCUGCCACCAUGCUGCCCACCUCUCAAUCCUCACAGAAAGGCUCUGCGUUGGCAUAUAAGUCUCCAGCCUUGGGCCAGUGAGCAGCACUCUCUGGAGGAUGAAGCUAAAAGGUUCCUCAGCUACAUCACAACCCCACAGGUAACCUGUGCUUCAGUAGUCAAUAAUGAUGCCACUACAGGAGCAUCCACUGGUGACUGGGCUGUGUGCCUCGAUCCAAAAUUCAGCAUAACCCACAGGAUGAAGAGCAAGAACUGUAGAGUGUACUCUUUUGGGUUGGGAGCGGAUGAUCACUCCAUGGAGCAUUUUCUUGCACAAUCAGGUUGUGAGGUCCACUGCUUUGAUCCUAGCCUGGAGCAACCUCACCUACAAAAAGCUGAAAUGUGGUUCCACCGCAUCUCUGUAGAUUGGAGGGACCCCAGUCCAGCAUUUGUCCUUAAAAGACAAGCAAACAAGAAACUGGCCACCAUCCUUGAUGACUUUGGACACAGAGACGUGGAUGUACUAAAAGCAGACAUGGAGAGCGCGGAGUGGAAGAUUUUGGAGAACCUUGUUCUGGAAGGAGUCCUGGACUCUGUGGGUCAACUGCUGCUGGAACUUCACCUGCACUGGGCGGGCUUUGAGGUGGCCGGCGAUGACCCGUCUGUGGUGCGGUUCUGGUUCAGCCUGCUGAAGGAGCUUGAACGAGCAGGUUUUCGCCUCUUUCACGUCCACAGCAAUCCGAACAAACCUCGUCUUUUUUUACACAAGAACAUCUUGAAUGCCAGCAGCGCCUACACCCUGAGCUGGGUGAACGUAUGGUGGAAGCCUUCAUGGACGGCACAUAAACAUAAAAAAUUAAUUUUUUAGACUCUGUCUCUGGUCUGUGACGACCUCUCACACAGAUGAAGUAAUUACUUCCAGAGACUCUGUAUUUGUUGGCUGCAGGUCAGCCUAAUUUAGACAUGCUUGAAGCCUGGCUCACAGCCAGCCGUUCCCUCUUCAUAAACAUCUACAGCCAAAAGACCACACAGGUUGUACAGUGGAUAAAAACAUAAUAUAAACAUAAUGUUCCAAGGAGAAGGUAAAUGAAAGAACCUCCCUCUUUGAAAGAGGAAUAUAACAAAGAAGCAAUUUAUACUGCCUACAAAAGGCAGUAUACUAUUUACAAGAAUACAAUCCUUCUCCAGACACUUUAUAAGGUACAGCUUGCUAGUAUCUUUUCCUUUUCCCUUCAGAGCAUUGAUUCAACAAUGUGUCAGAAACAUUCUUCACAGAUUUUCUUGAAUAUUAACAUGACAGCAUCACACAAAUCCUGCUGAGUGGUUGGCUGCACAUCCAUGAUAGGAAUCUCUCGUUCUGCCGCAUCCCAAAUGUGCUCUGUUGGACUGAGAUUUGGUGACCGGCAGCCAGUGGAGUACACCGAGAUCAGUGUUGUUAAAGAAACCAGCCUGGGAGGGUUUUAGCUGGGCAAUGUGGUACUAAGUCAUCCACCUCCUACCGCCUGGAAAGUGAAAUCAUAGUUCCAUGUUAUCUGACCAUCUACCAUCUGAAUGUAAUAGGUCAAGUGGUCUGAUGUUUUCUUGUUUAUUCUAUUUGGUGAGCUUGUUUAAACUAGCCUCAAAUUCUUGUUCUAGCUGGCUGCUACAUCACCUAGUAGGGCCAUCUGAGGCAGCAGCGCAUCUGCUUCAAGGUUUAAUAUGUGAUGCAUUCAGGGAUGGUAUUUUGCAUAUCAUCGUCAUUUGAGAUACUCUGCCUUGCCAUCCAUCUUGGGCCAAUUUUCCUCUGCCAUCAAUGAGGUGUCAUUGUCCAAACAUAUCCUGUGGAUUUUUCUAAUUUAUCAAGUCAUUCUUCUCAAAUCACUCCCGCUUGUGGCAAGGAACAUUAUCGUGCUUAAAUAGGACACUUCCAGAGGUAAGCAUAGUACCCAAAAAUUGUACUCAAGUAAGAGAAGAACUACUUAAACAUAUUUUUACUCAAGUAAAAGUAGAAAGCAGCCUUCCAAGAAAUUACUCAAGAGCAAAACCAUAAAAAGGUCUACACAAGUACUGAGUAACUGAUAAAAUUAUCAAUCAUUUAAUAUUAAAAAAUUACAUCAUCAGAUGGACCAAAUAUAAAGUGGAAAUUUUGGUAAUUUAAGGACAAAAAGGACAAUAAUUCAUACAAGUAGCAAAAACCUAUAAAACUUCAACAAAAACUACAGGUGUGUUUAAUUGUAGCAAGUAGCGACACGUCAUAAUAAGAUUACUCAAGUAAACGUAAAAAGCACAGCAUAGUAAAAAUACUCCUAAGAGAACAUUUAAAAAAAAAUAAAUUACUAAGUAAAUGUAACUGAGUAAAUGUAGCUGGUUACUACCCAACUUC